GUUUUUUCAGUGAGAGCGUUUAAAUAUAUUUGUAAUCUACGCAUUUUGUUACAAUUAGUUCGAGAAAAAGAUGGCCAAGUACCUUGGCGUACUAUGCUUGGUGCUUGCAGGAAAACUACCAGGCGCUCUUCUGCAAGAUACUUUACUGGCUAGUAGACAGUUUUGCGGAUAUCAACAUUCAGAUGAUUACCAUAGAAACGAUGCAUCCAUUUCUCUAGAUGAAUUUCCAUGGUCCGCGCAAUUAGUGUACAACCACAGCAAUGCCGUAGACUGUAGUGGGUCUCUUGUAAGCCGUAGGUACGUGCUCACUUCCGCAAACUGUCUAAGUACGCCAUUUUCCAUUCUUAUUGGUGUGCGACUUGGAGAUUACAAUGUAACCAGUGAUAGAGACUGCGUCCAAGGUACAUUUGGAGAAGAAUGCAGUGAUCCUACGCAAUACUUUUUAGUAGAAGAACAGAUAGCUCACCCGGCGUACUAUGCCGGUGCAGCCGAGCAUAACGUCGCACUACUCCGACUGUCCAAUGAUGUUACGUAUUCAGAGUAUAUUCGUCCAAUCUGUUUGCCGAGAUCAUCAGAUCGUCGGGAACUUAGCACUGGACGGGAACUGACAACCACAGGUUGGGGAACCCUUCGCGACGGAGUGACCAAAACUGAAAUUAAAAAGAAGGUUGUGGCAACCCUCGUCCCCACGCGGAGAUGUGCGCGAUUCCUUCCCAACAGCGCUGUCUUGCCCAGUUACCUUUGCGUUAAAGAGAAGCAUACGUUUACAUGCGGGGGAGAUGGUGGUGCUCCAUUGAUGGUGUCUGAAAGGAGUCAGUGGGAGCAAGUGGGAAUUCUUGUCUUUGGAGGGAAGUGCGGCAGUAGAACGCCAACCGCUUAUGCAAAAGUAGCCUUUUACCUAGAUUGGAUCGUUGCAAAAUUGCGCCCCUAGCACCACAUUGAUCCUAAGUAAGCCAUUGAUGCCAAAUUUUGUUCAUAAAUGAUCUAACCACCAGAUAACUUAUUAGAUUUUUGUAAAACUAAAACUAUGCUCUUCCGGUUACCAAAUCGGUUUUGGAACAUGAUUGAUUUGUACGCUAAUAUUUAACAAAGUAACAGUUUCCAACUUUUGUUUUUUGAGUACCCGUAUAUCGAAGAAUUCGUGAUUAAAA